CUUAUGUCUUUUAGCAAACAGUUGCAGUUCAUCCUGUGUUGAAGGUUUUCCUAUCGUAAGUAUUUUCGAUAAGUAAUUACAACUUGAACUAAGUUCAUGUGAACUUACUUACUUUAAUACAUAUUUUAGUCCUACGUCCUUCUCCGUCGUGUUUUUUAUAUUUACAAGAAACCGGGGUCGCCCCUUGGGCGACCCCUCCUUGAUAGCAGCACAGUCACAGGCACAGAGUAGAACAAACAUAAGAGAAAGCAAAAAAAAAAGCGACUGAGGCACGGAGCGCCCGCCCCUUGGCCUUGGCGGCUGCCGUCGAGAUGAUGGAGAAGAACAAAGACCGAAGCAACCCACGGAACCCAGGACCCUGGCGCGCGGAAUCAAUUAGGCACGCCACGCCAAUGAGACAGGCCCGGCGGACAUUCAUGCGUGCGCGGGGGCGGGCCGGAGGUGUUGCCAAUGCCGUAAGGUGCGCCCGACGUCGGUGAGCCCUCCCAAGCCCGCGCGCCCUGCUCGUCUUGUUCGCUGGUCCCGCUCAGCUUGCCGGGGCCAGCUUUGGCCGCUCAAGCCUCUCCGGUUUGGGCUGCCCGCGUUCUCGCCUGGGGCUAGCUGACUGCCCUCGGCUUUGUUGUUUGGCUCAACGAGCGGGGGCUGCCCAUCGAUCCCGCCUCGGCCCCCAAAGUGCCCCACGACCUCCCCAAACGCAGCACGACCGACCUCCCCAAACACAGCGCGACCUCCCAAACACAGCGCGACCCCUUAAGCACCGCACGGCCCCAAGCUACAACGUGGCCACGCAGUCGCAGCGCGUCCCCCAAGCAACACACGAAGCACCAAAGACACCACGGCCCCCCAAACUUAUUAACACACCACGACCACCAAGAAGACACAGCGCGACCCUCCAGGCAACCCACUAUCUACGGCCCCCAGCAGACAAUACGAGCACGAGCAUAGGGGCACAGCAUGACCCCCCGCGCAAAUUACUACAGACCGCCAGCCCCCAAAAGACAAAGGAAGCAACCCCGCAGACAACACGCAGCCCCUGGGCUAUGACAUGACCCGCCCCCUAAACAAAAGAGCAAAACCGCAAGAGGCACCGCGACCCCCUUGCGGCACCCCCUGACCCCAAACCCCCAAAGGCACUGCAUAGCAAACCAUAAAACUGAGCACGGCCCCAAAGGCACGGCGUGACCCCCGGGCACAGUCAGCAUAGACCCACAAAGGGACACAUGGCCGGACGUGAGGCAUGACAACCAAGACGCACCAGCACGACCGCCAAAGAGACAGCGCGACGAACUUCCAAAACAACACAGCACCCCCAAAACAGCACGGACCCCAAAACACAGCAAGACCCCGAAGGGCACAGCACUACCACCCCGAACACACCGCGGCGACGAGGACGACUAAGACACCUCACGACCCCAAAGGACCACCGUGACCCCCCGACGCUGUAACUUAUGGAGACCUCUCGCCCCUACAUCAUAAGGCCCCGCAUGACCGCGCACCAUCCAAAGCGCAGCCGCCUGGCCACGCACCAAAACGCAGCACGACGGACCCCAGAAGCACAGCGCCAAGCCUACCAAGGCCCACCAUGACCCCCCUCAACUCAUUGCGACCAAAUGGACGCAGCACGCGGCGACACCACUGAAAAAAGGAAGCCAAGCCACAAAAGGAGAAGCAAAAGCCUGGCCCCCAUUUUAUUAAAGGCACAGCGUGACCUCCUCCAAAACAAAGAGCAGCGCGCAGCCCCCAAGGCACCACGAUCCCACACCCAUACGGAAGACAGACCGUGGCCCUUGAAACACACCACGCGCACCCUGACGCCGCGCGGCCUUCUUAACUCACUGCAAAACACAGCCCGCCCCGCUGCCGUAGCUGCAGCAUCCGCAUGCCUUCCGAAACAUUGCUUGCCUGCCCCCCUGGGAACGAAUUGGCCCCCCCUGCACCCACAGGCAGCAGCCACCACCCCCCGAGCACCACCCAAGCAAGACGCCAAGCACAAAGUGACCCACGAGAAACAGACCACAACGACGACCCUCCAACGCAUCGCCAUCGACUCCCAAAAAAACGCCACGGCGUGACCUGCCUGCAGCAUCUACAUGACCGCAAAGGGAUUCGGCUGCCUCCUCACCGCGCAGCCUCGAGAAACAACAUAACCCCAAGGCAAGCACUGCCGCCAGCAUGGACGCCAAGGCCCUCACUCGGUGACCCCCAAGUCGCAUCGCGAUCCUUGAAGACCACCGCGGCCAGAUAUUCACAACCACACAACGCGCGCCCCCAAGGCGAAACAUGGACGGCGACCCCCUGAACACACCACGACGACCACCAAAGCGCGCCGAGCUUCCCCUGACGCUGACACACCACGACCCGCCAAGCAUGCCGCAGCCACUCAGACACAGCGGGGCCCCUUAGUAGAAACGCGGCCGCCUGAGGGCACUGCGUUCGCGUUGCGCUUAAAACAUCACGCGGCCCCUCAAGACCUGCAUGACUGUGAGCACGCGCCGCGGCCGUGCAUCCCUCCAAGCUCCUCGCGGCGCGAUCUUCCUCCAGCGAGCCACCCACGCACCCCCCCCCUCCGCACUUCGCGACCCUUCAAAACUGCAGGAAUACGCACGGCCUCUGCAGAAUAGUGAGAGGCUGCCCACGGCCACGGCGCCGCAAGCACAGCGCAGCUUAAUGGACACCACUGCCCCCGCCAGACCCCCCCGACACAACGCGGACAGCGCCCAAGAUGCGACGCAACCCAACAGGCAGCGCGCGACCUCCUAAAGCGCCGCAGCGCAACGAACCCCCCAAGCGUUGCACAGUCCAAAAAACAAAGCCGGACCCCCUGAGCAGGCACAGCGUGAACCUUUGGGCAUUAUGUAGCAAGCCCCCCAAGCACAGCACAACCCCCCGACACCCAAGGGGCACCGCGCGACCCCCCAAGCAUGAGGUGACCCCAGACACCACAUGACCUGCCAGGCACGCCAUGACCCUCCAGACACACAAACGAACCCAACCCCCGGCAGGCACGUGCCACGACUAAAAAGGCACGCCGCGACUCCUUAAACGCCGAGCGACCCCCGCAAAAACGCCACGAAUGACCACCCCAGACACACCACACCCCCCCGAACACAGAUCGACGCCGCGACCUCUAGCCGCGCUCUGGCUCCCCGACGCAUGCAAGGACCCCCCCGCGACAACGUGACCAAUAUGGCGCAGAAAGGCGCCCCAAGCGCGGAGCGACCCCCCUAGCACACCACGAACCCCAAACACUGACCGACGCCCCGACCUCUAACUAAACGCGCCACGGCCUUCCAAAAUUGCCACGGCUUAGCCUCCCCACGUAACAUGGCCCCUGGGGCGCAGCUUGGCCAAAGCCAAACCUCCCGGAGCAGCACGAGCACACCCCCGAAAAAGACACAACCAGACCCCCCAACCAAGCACCGCAUGGCCGCGCCCCUCUCUAACACCACACGGCUGGACCUCUGGGGCACCGUAUGAGCAAGCCCCAAAGCUACAGCAAGGCCCCACAAAGACAAAGCAAACACGCCACCGCCCCGGAAAGAUGGGGAGCAGCGUGGACCCCCGAAAAAACGGGCACAGCGCGAACCCGAAAGCCCAGCGCCUUGGGCUGUUUCUCUUUCUCAUAUGGAUGCAGCCAGCGCCUUCAAAAUAAGAGCAAGAAGACCCACCGCGCGGGGCUUAAAAUCAAGAAGCCCGCGGAGCUUGGGAAGGCGCUCCCCAUCGGCUGCCGGGCUUUCUUGGGGUUUUCUUCUCAGACAGAGAGACACGACGGGGCCAGCCUCUAAGGCUGGCACUUUUUGCAGCUUCUUCCUCGCGUUGUCGGUUGCGACCGGGCGCAGGGGGACCGAGGGGGUUGCCCGGGCGGGAGUUGGGCGCCGCGUUUCUAUCUUGGUGAGAUUGCCCGCCCGCGGACUCCUCCAGCCGCACUCCCCUCGAGGGGUGUCCAGAUCCGCGAGGAGCUAGCCGCGCGCCUACAGCUAUGGCCUCCCACCCGCGUGGCUGGCUUCGGCUUUGCGCCACGAAAAUCAUCAAGCAGGCGGGAAGUUGUGAAGGCGUUGCCAGCAGGUUGGCCCCCCUUCCCCUUAAGAUACCUCGCUCGCAGCCUCCGCACGCACACUCCCAGGGGGGAGCUGCGAAACGCUAGCCCCCUACUGUGGUGCCGGUUUUUCUCCAGUUUUCGCCGAGGUUCUCAAGCGUCGCCGCGCCUGAUCUGGCGCGGAAGUUGGACAGGGGUCGCCCGCCCCCCUGCCCCCGCCUCCCCUUCUUCCCCCGACCAUCCCUCAAAACACCCGGCUGAGACUCUUUGGACCAUUUGGACAGGCGCAGGGGUUGGACAGUGGUGGCCCCCCUCCCCCCUCUUGAAAAUAUCGAAGGCAGUGGAAGUAGUUCGCGGAGUCUGAGUCUCAAGCACGGGGUGGAGCUCUUUGAAGUUUGCUCCUCUUGCAGGGUUGUCGCGAGUGAUUGUAGAGUGUCGGGGGGGAAUGUGUCGGGGGGAGUAGCGCCUGGGACUUGCGGCCGGGUUUAGGAGAAGUGGCGUCAAGCUUGCGGUCUUGCGAAGAGGGUCGCGCAGGGGUUGGACAGGCACAGGGGUUGGACAGGGGUCGGACAGGGGUUGGACCGGGGUUGGACAGGGGUUGGCCCCCCCUACCCCCCCCCGACCCCCCCCCCCUUCUCCCCCCGAUAAUCCCUCGAAAAACCUCUCCGAAAUCUUUUGACCAUUAUAACUUUUUUAAUAUGAUCCAGGGCUCAGGGUUACGGUGCCGCCCCCCCUUGCGCAGGGGGGGCACCGGUAGCCCCGGACCCUUUCGGGAGCCAUCUGCCGGGGGUGGAAGGCCUCAAAAGGGGUCCAGGGGGCCUUCUCCGCUCUCUUCCAGCUGCCUGGCUGUACCCUGCAGACCUCCGACGAAGGUGGAAGGCUUCAGAAGGGGCCCAAGGGACCGCCUCCGCUCCCUUUCAGCUGCCUCCCUGUGCUCUACAUGCCUCCGAUAUGCUUCGCCGCCGCAGCAGUGCGCCGGGCUUGGGAGGCCUCCGAAGGCGGCAAAAGGCGAGGGGCUGGACCCCCUGGGCCGUGCGGCCUGUACCCUCCGGACCCUUGGUCAUCGGCUUGCUUUCUCUUGAGACCGUGGCCGCCUUCGGCGGCCUUUUACCCCGACGACCUCCAGCCUCCGAGGGUCAGCAGAGGCCAGGAGGUCCCUGAGAAACAUGAACACAGGCGCAAGGGGACGCCCGCGGCCAGUUUUGACGCCUUCCACCACUGGAAUCCGCUAAAAUCAGCGCGGAAAAGAGCGCGCGAGCGCCACCACAGACCACACCACAGGGGGGGGCGUGCAGCCCUAAGACAUGGAUAAGCUGUAGCUGGUCGAAAGGUGGGGCGAUUUUGCAUGGGUUUAAAAUGAAAAGAAGAAAUCCGGCUCUUGUGAUGAAGAUGACGAUGAUUCCCGAUGGGAACGAGGGCCCACGUAGUUGCUCAAGUAGCUCCUGACGCAGUCCUGGCGGCUAUCUUCUCCCACACGCGCUUCAGCUUCAGGAUUUUUAGUAAUUCUUGUACUUCAUCUCAUUUCUUCUUUAGACGGCUGCCAUUCGGUCUCUACGGUGAUCAUGAAGGAUCAUAACAGAGAUGCACACAUGACAUCCUCUUGCGGAGAAACGUGGCGGUAUUCGCGGCAUUGCUUGUGAUAUUCAUAUUUUUGGUUCCUCUUGAUAAUCAAUUCAUAUUAAUUUUUUACUGAUUACUUUUACUACAACUUGUGAGAAUUAUAUAUAAAUAUAUUAAAUCAAUAUGGAAAUUGCGACUACGGAAGCCACGCCAUGGAUGAUGUCGAUGUGUGUAUUUUUUAUAGAGAACGGAAAAUGAACAUGACCAAGGCAGGCUAUCUAAAGCUCCGAGCUUUUGGAGAACGCAGAUGCUGCUGAAUCACAGUAAUCUAAGUGCAGAGUUCGUGUAUCUAUUCGAUGCAUCAUGAGUAUGACAUUUUUGGUCGAAACGCACUUGCUCUUGCGUAUGCGCCUGUCCGUUGUUGCUACUCUGUCUGCGAAAGUCUGAGGAGAGAAUCUGAGGUUAGUUUGUUCCCUCUGUUGCGAUUUUUGAGAGACUAUUGAAC